UUGUAUGCAACGGCACUCUCCUCUCCUCGCGAUCUCUGCAGCUGAGGAAGGGACGUGACGAUGGCGUCGGAGUGGUAGGCCGGGAUCUUCAGCGGCCGGGCUUCCCUGGUGGCGGAUGGCCGGCGCUCGCAGCAUGUCCCCUUUACCGCCGCGGAAGUGGUCCGACCUAGAGAUGUUGGUCAAUGCGCGGUCGGAUACCCUCCGUAACUUUCUCGCCAACCUCCACGAGGUCUUGCUCGGCACCAAGCUCUUCCCCCUCUUCACCGUCGUGCCCCUCGCCAUCGCCGCUCGCUGCUUCCGCUUCGGCCAGGCUUGGGUGUUUAGCUUAAGUUUAAUAGGCCUCGUCCCUCUUGCCGAACGCAUGAGCUUCCUCAGCGAGCAAAUUGCAUAUUAUGCUGGUCCAACAGUUGGUGGUCUCCUAAAUGCCACAUGUGGCAAUGCACCGGAGCUGAUAAUUGCACUGCUAGCGCUGCACAAAGACAAGAUAGGAGUCCUCAAAUGGUCCCUUCUUGGCUCCACCAUCUCCAACCUACUCCUUGUCCUUGGAUCCUCCCUCUUCUGUGGUGGUCUCGCCAAUCUUAACAAAGAACGCCAAUUUGACAGGAAGCAAGCUGAUGCGAAUUUAAUGCUGCUCCUGCUGGCGUCUCUUUGCCACAUUUUGAUUUUGACCUACUGCUAUGUUGUGAAAAAUGAUAUUUACAUGGUGGAUGCAAUCUCAACACUCGAACUGUCGAGGACAUGCAGCAUUGCAAUGCUAGUUGCCUACAUUGGGUGCAUGUUCUUCCAGCUGAUGACCCACCGCCAACUUUUUGUAUCACAAGAGGAGGAUGAUGAUAUUGUUUCUGAUACACCGGUGAUUGGAUUUGCUAGCUCAUUUGCUUGGUUAGUAGGAAUGACGAUGCUUGUCACUAUUCUAUCUAAUUAUGUCAUUAGUACAAUCGAGGCAGCUUCAGAGUCAUGGGGAAUGCCAAUUAGUUUCAUUAGUGUUAUCUUGCUACCUAUUGUUGGAAAUGCAACUGAACAUGCGGGUGCAGUCAUCUUUGCUUUCAAGAACAAAAUUGAUAUCACCUUGGGCAUCUCGUUGGGCUCUUCAGCUCAAAUCUCCUUGUUUUUGGUUCCAUUGACUACUGUUGUGGCCUGGAUAAAGGACAUCCAUAUGGAUCUCAAUUUUAAGCUCCUCGAGACUGGAACUUUGGUUUUGGCAAUACUUAUAACCACCUUCACUCUUCAGGAUGGAAGUUGGCACUAUCUGAAAGGACUGGUCCUCUUACUUUGCUAUGUCGUCAUUGCUGCAGUAUUCUUUUUCUGUCAAACCCCUUUGGAUCAUGUUUAUGUUGCUCCCGUGGAGGUCAAUGGAUACCGAUGAGAUCCGUGAAUCAUCGGCUGCGGUUCUCUGAGUUUGUACCGUUAGCGACUGCAACUUCAGUAAAUAUAUGGUUUUCCAUGAAGGGCGGGCAUAAGUUGCACAUUCAAAUUUAUUGAAAAAUGACUAUUUUAUAUUGGUUUGGUUCUGCCACAAUCAAAGUGUAACUUAGCAUACAAAAGUAUAAAUGGCUGAUAUGUCACCAUUCUCUUGCUGCAAAAACAGUGUCUUCAUUCAUCUAGAGUUUAUGGUUGGUUUAUCACUGUCAACCAUGAAAUCAUAUUGAAACCUGAGACUAAUUGCUCCCAUUCCUCAGCAACACUGAAACUUACAUCCUCCUCUUCUUGUGUGAUCAGUAAUCGACUGACUCAUUGAUGGUGUACUGUGUGUAAUCUGGAACCUCUAC